GGUACGCCAUGCCACAAGGCCCUCUAGAGAUGGCUGAACCAGAAUCUCAGGAAGGAAACUAUGAUAACAGGGGAAAGAAUGCAGAGAACUUUAAAACAGACAUUCUUUCAUGUCUGCGGGAAACGGAAAGAUUAACAGUGCAUGUAGCCUGUAUGACCUACGACUGUGUAAACACCCAGACCAACCCAGACCUGUCCAAUGCCAUGCAGCGCUUGGAACAUGCCUUCCUGAUGUGCAGAGAGCAGAUAAAGAAGGGCAAGAGGUGCUAAUGGAACUUAGAGGUGAAGGGCAAAAAAAGGAAUAAAUGGAACUUGGUCAUGCUGGCAGAAUGACAUCCCUUGGGAAAUUGCAUAGGUCCUUUUUUCUCCCAGGUGUGGGGGUUGCAUAGGAACUGUGGGAAAUGGAUUGGCUUUUCUCUUGCUAAGAACUACUUAAUCAAUGUAACUAGAAUUCUUUGAGACCUGAAGAAACUGGGGGGACUGGGAGCAGAGGUACUGUAAAGGACCAUCACAGUGGCAUUGCACUAGCCUAUGCCUGUCAAAGAAAACUGAAGAAUUGCUUAUUUUCCCAAAUGAAACACAGGUAAAAUUCUAAAGUUGCAGAUAGAUUGAGAUGGUUUUAUUUAGGAUUAUCAUCUAGGUGUUCAAUUACAUUGUUUUUUUAUUUAGAUAGAUAAUCUACAGUUGUUUCAUCUUCUUCCAUUAGAUUUUUGAACUGGUUUCCCCAGAAAGAUUGUGUUGUUCUGGCAUGAAAUAAAUUUUUCUUACCAGUAUAGACUGCAGUGUGUGUGGUGGCAUUG